AGUAUGGCCACCUCCGUGCGCCGCCCCUGCCUGCUCCCCCUCGCUGCCACCCUCAUCCUCCUCUGCUUUCCACCGGCAACGGCCCAACCCCAACGCACGUACGAUCCUUUGUGGUCCGACGAAUACUGGGCCAAGGAGAUCGUCGUCGGCGAGGCGGCGGAGGAGGUGGUCAGCGUCGCCGCCAGGCGCGCGGAGGCGGGCGGCUACUCCUACGGCUGCGCCAGGCUGUGGCUCGCCAUGGGCUGCCCUCCCGCUCCCGGCAAGGGCGUCAACGGGAGCCUGGUCGACGGGAGGCGCUCAUACGAUCGGGAGCUAGAUCGCUUCGAGGACGGCCUGCGGCAGUGCAUUCACGAUGUGAUUCCGGAUGAUCCCUACUUGCGCCGCACCGCCCCGACGUCUACUUUCGAUCGUCGAUGUUGUCCCUGCUGCUAUUCAUGUGCUCGCUACUACUGAAAGGGGCUUUUUUUUUUUUUUUUGUACUGCAAUAGAUUCUUGGUUUAGUGCACAAUGUGCAUAGGAACUUCAUGCAUAAAAGCAAGAUACUUACCGAUUCUUCCA